AUGACAUAUACCAACCUCGACAUGUCCGACAUAGAUCCCAUGCUCGAGAAGCAUGAUGCUCCACCGCCCGACGUCAACCCCGAGACCGAUGUGGUCAUGCAGUCCUACCCGUCGCCCACCGUCGACGGCCAGGACAACAACCCCUUCUACCACACGACCCCUCGCCAGGACCAGCAGCCGCAAUCCGAUCUAAGUCAUCAUCAUGAUGACCAAGGCCAGCUUGAAGAGCCGCCAACGCCACGCCAUAGCGGACGGCAGCCCAUGAGCAGCGCCGAAGAGCUUCAACUUGCCGCCCAGCUGAGCCAAGGCCUCGCCCAUGGGUUGCCCAUGAUGGAUCCAACGGACGAGCAAAGCCUGCAGCAUGUCAUGGCACAGCAUGACCUGGACCAGCACGAUCCCGAUCUGCAGCACCAAGCCGACCAGUUGAACCACGACCAUGAGCAGCUGCACCACGACCCGCUCCCUCAGCACGACGGACUGCCUCCGCAUGAUGAGCAUGGCCAUGAACAUAUCCACGAGCACAUCCACAGUCAUGAUCAGGACAUACCUCAAUCACAUUCAGACCAGCAGCAGCUACAACACCACGAUGAGCAACAGCAAGCCAACCAGCAUCAUCAAGCCCAGCACCAGUACAUCCCCGAACAACACCAGCAACAGCAGCAACCACACCUGCAACCAGCUGCGCCCAUGGAUCACAUGCCCCAGCAGUUCCCUCCCAUGACGGAUAACAGCAUACCACCUCGGAAGCGGUCAAAGGUGUCUCGUGCCUGUGAUGAAUGCCGGCGUAAGAAGGUGAAAUGUGACGCUCCCUCGGAAGGUGGUGAUGAACCGUGUUCAAACUGCCGCCGUUCCAACAUGCGAUGCUUGUUCAGUCGCAUCCCGCAGAAGCGCGGUCCUAGCAAGGGAUACAUCAAGGAGCUCGCGGAUCGAAUCCACUCCAUCGAAGGGAAAUUGAAUGCGGAGGGUGCUAGUGCUGCUGACUUGAACGAGCUGCUGAACGGCACACGAAGAGACACGAACGAUAUCUUUGGAUCCGCAGACGGCCGUAAAAGGCCGUACUCCAGCAUCUCAGGCGCAGACUUUGGCACUCCUCCUGACGCCUCCCGCCAGUCAACCUUCUCCGAGCCACGAGCUAUUCAGCCGUACCAACCGACUCCCGAACGAUACAGGCCCCCUUAUUCCGCGAAUGGACUUGCACCCACGCCGGGUGAGAAGGACGAUUCGGAAACGCCUUCCCGACCAGCAGCUGUGAUGGACGGCAUGGAUCUUGACCUAAGUCAUCUUGGACAGGCACGCGAGUUGGACGAGACAUUGUUCGCAGCAUACCUCGCGGUCAUACAUCCCUGUUUCCCCGUCCUGACUGCCAACAAGUCACGGUUGGAGGCCCAACUUGCCCAGUGCUCGUCGAUUUUGCGCGAUGCUUUCAUCGAUGCGCUACAUGGCACCGUUCAGUCGUUGCCGUCCUUUAACACAGACGGGCUAUAUAGGGAGCUGCUGUCGUCAGCUGUACGGCUGAUUGCAGAUUGGGAGACAGACUCGUCGCCCCGCUCGCAUAUUGCCAACUUGAUCCAUCUGCAAACUCUCGUCUUGAUUGCCAUAUCCGCUGACAACUACGGCCCAUCAUCCCUGAAGGGCGAACAUGGCGGCCCAGCCAAGGCUGCUACUUUGGGCCGAGCAGUCGGGCUGGCGUAUUCCAUGAGAUUGCACCUAUCGCAGGUUGGCUCCAACCUUGAUGUUGAGCUUGACCCCGACUCUGAUGACAAUGUUGCCACCCGGGCUUGGUGGACGCUGGUGAUGCUAGACCGGUGGAACGCUAUCUCCACCGCAAGCCCGCUGUUUAUCCCGAAUGCCAGUGUUGUCAUUCUUCCGGGUUUGCUGGGUUUGCUUGGCGAGAACGUGUAUCAUCUCGCCCGUCUGUCGAAUAUUUUGGGCCACUUCUCGCCGGUUGCUCUCGCCCCUCCACAGGCAAUGGCUUUCGACUCUGGCGCAGCACCCUUAUUGAGCUCCUUUUUCAAUCUGUCAAUGGAGCUAUUCAGGGAGGUCUUGCCUGUUACUAUCGCCCCAGCGACCCACCCUAUCCUGCAUUCCGUGUAUUGGCAUUAUGAGUCUCAACGCGAGGACGCCACAUCGCUCUUGAAAGAGCUCCUUGAUACUCCUACUGCACCGUCCAACUGGGACAACCUCAUUAGGGAUCGGAUUGCUGAGCAGGUACGGCCGACCACCGCACACUCCUCCAUGGAGGCAACAGCAAGUCAAAGUCUUCAGCAUUUGGCAGACUUGGCGACUGCUACAGAAGUAGAGGCUUCCACAAAGCUCGAAAAAUCAGUAGACUUUGGCUCCCUGCGAGCCAACGACUACGAGCACAGCAGCUUCGAUCCCCAGCCGCUGACACGUGCAGGGUACCUAUAUGCCCUCGUGGAGACCAGGCCUGCCACAGCGAAGUAG